UAAGAGAGAGAGAGGCUCUCGAAUCUGAUGAGAUGGGUAGUAAACGUUAUCCACCAAAUAAACCAAGUUAAAAAUGGCCACGAAAAUCUUCUCGGCAUCUCCGGUUAUCUCCGCCUCCGCCACCAGAAAGCCGGUCCUCCCAAAGGCGAUAGCAUCGCGUCUUGGCACCUCCCUGGCCGCCGCGUUGGCCGCAACUUCCGUGCUGACGAUGGUUCCUGCGCUGCCGGCGGCGGGCGAGGGGAACCAAACGUACAAAAUAUACUACGGAACGGCAGCGAGCGCGGCGAACUACGGGGGCUACGGGGGGAAUUCGGAUAGGAAGGCAUCUGCGGAGUACGUGUAUGAUGUGCCGGAAGGGUGGAAGGAGAGGCUGGUGUCCAAGGUUGAGAAAGGGACAAACGGAACAGACAGCGAAUUCUACAACCCCAAGAAGAGGACAGAGAAGGAGUACCUAACAUUCCUGGCGGGGUUCAGACAGCUGGCGCCGAGGGAUGUGAUUCUCAACAACCUUGCCUUGUCGGACGUGGACUUGCAGGAUCUAAUAGCCGGCGCCGACAAAGUGGUGUCGGAAGAGAGGAAGGACGAGACAGGACAGGUCUACUAUCUGUACGAGAUCGAUGGAGUUGGAAAGCACAGCCUGAUCACAGUCACUUGCGCUAAGAACAAGCUCUACGCUCAUUUCGUCAACGCCCCUGCACCCGAGUGGAACCGCGACCACGAUACGUUAACCCAUCUUCGCGACUCCUUCAAGACCGUCUCUUCUUCUUGAAAUUAAUGCAUGUUCCUUCCAUUAAUCAAUGUUCAAUAUUAUCAUUGUAUUCAGGUGAAAAUGAGAAUACAUAUAUGUUUGGAUCGUUUGUUAUGCGAUCUUAAUAUAAUAAUAUAUAUACUAGAUUUUAACCGGUGGUGGUGUACAACGGAUGUAUAAUUUUUAUUAUUA